GGAGCGACGUUGGCAGCCGGCCCCGUCCUUUCCUCCGGAGUCAGCCGCCAGACAGGCAGCCGAGCCCGUUUCCAGUCAGGCCCGGCGGGCCCGGCAAUAAACAGCACAAGCCAUGGCUCCCGCCGGCGACCGAGACGGCUACUGGGGCCCGCAGACUUCCACCCUCGACUGGUGCGAGGAGAAUUACGUCGUCUCUUAUUACAUCGCCGAGUUCUGGAACACUGUUAGUAACCUGAUUUUCAUUCUACCUCCCAUCUAUGGUGCAAUUCAGAGUUAUAGAGAUGGCCUUGAGAAACGGUACAUAAUAGCUUAUUUAUGUGUCACAGCUGUGGGUUUGGGCUCGUGGUGCUUUCACAUGACCCUGAAGUAUGAAAUGCAGCUGUUGGAUGAGCUACCCAUGAUCUAUAGUUGCUGCAUGUUUGUCUACUGCCUGUCCGAAUGCUUCAAGUACAAGAAAACGAUCAAUUAUCCACUCCUGUUCCUACUAACAGCCUACAGCGCUGGUGUCACCAUAGUAUACCUAAACUGGAAACAGCCUGUGUUUCAUCAGGUGAUGUAUGGGGCGCUGGUGGCUGUUCUGGUACUACGGUCCGUAUAUAUAGUGUUAUGGGUAUACCCAUGGCUCAGGGGGCUGGGCUAUACGUCCCUGACCGUUUUUUUGCUGGGUUUUUUCCUUUGGAACAUAGACAACAUUUUCUGCGAUAAAUUGAGGGGUUUACGCGAGAGGCUACCUCCGAUUGUGAGCGUCGUGACUCAGUUUCACGCUUGGUGGCACAUUUUUACAGGCCUCGGCUCCUACCUUCAUAUCUUGUUCAGCUUAUACUCAAGGACCCUUUACUUGAAGUACAGGCCAAAGGUCAAGUUUAUCUUUGGGAUUUGGCCUAUUCUCUUAGUAGAAUCGACCAAGAAGCAAUGACGAGGGGAGCACCUACCCUGGAUGCCUAAAGAUGUUCCACAACCAUUUUGACUGACACGCUGGAAAUUCUCGGCUCUGCGAAGGGAUUUCUUUUUCCUCUCUCUCUACUCCUGGAGCCGUGGAGGAUCACGUAGAACCAACGGCCGACGCGUCUACGGAAACCACGGCUAGAGGUUUUUCCCCCUCCCGUGUCCGAGGUGUCAAAACGAGAGCGCCAUCUUUCUGCAUACAUGUUGUGUAGCUUGGAGAUGCCGGGGCGGGCAGAAUCCCACCGUUGCCCGAACGCCAGAUACGCAUUCCUUUUGGAAGCGAGUCGCCGGGGCUGCCGCUCGGUCAACCGGGCUUCUCCUCUGUGGUUGAAAAUUAAAUGCUUGUAACUGAAUUGUGCAAAACGCCGGAGCCAAAUUACGAAGGACGGCCCCUUUGAUUUAUAGGAGACCUCCCAUGUUCUGAAAUGCCUUCUGUGCGGCCGCUGGUACAUCGUAACCGGGCUUUAUUUUGUCACUCUCUCAAAACUGGCUUCUUAAGUGACUUGCACAGAUGAAAGGGAGGUGGUUAAAAGUGCUAGUCCUUGUUACAAGUACCGUGUCCCAUCUCUGUUCAGAAUAUCGGGUGUAAAUUGCAGGUUUGCUCCAUGUGCAAAUAAGUAACAACCUCCCCAGGAUUUUUAAAAUGCAUUUUCACUUCUAAGAUACUCUUGCCUUGAAUGGAGGGCCAGUUGUCCAGUAGUUACUUGGGCACCGAUGAAACAGUAUUAACUCGAGAGAUAUAACCCAAGAUCCCUGGCAGUGUAGAGGAAGAUCCUGGGACACAUUCCACUGACCUCUCUGCGCAGGCACCGUGGGGACAUUUGGGGCCAGCCUGGAGGCUGUGUCAGCAGGAAAGCGCUUGAGCCACGACGCCGGCUACACCCACUCCCUAACGGACACGCCUGCCUUAGCCACACCAGUUUGGGAUGUGAACUUUGGAGGCAGACUUCCAGUCUGAACAAGCGACUCGGAAGCAGCCAAGGUCUAGCGCUUCUUUAAAAGCAACAACUUUACAUUCCUGCUUGCUUGCCAGAGUACAAAAUAUGUGUCAUGUCUUAUGGAAGGUGUGCCCGUGACCUGGGGCAGUCGCUAUCUUUCAGCCUAACGUACCUCGCCGGCUUGUUGAGAGGAUAGGUAUGUGAGCCACUUGGAGCUCCUUGGAGGAUAGGCGAGGUUGAAAUGUACAAAAUAAAUCCAGAAGGCCUGUGCCUUUCUCUUAAAAAGCAAACAAAUACAGCCACCACCACCGCCCCAAAACCCAGAAGUGAUGGUCUGACCACCUCUUGGCUGACGUGCGUCUAAUUCUGCAGGCGCACACCCUGCACAUUGAUUGAUUGUGUGUGUGUGUGUGUGUGUAUUUUGCAGUUGAGUAAGCAUCCCAGAAUAUGAAGAGAUGCUGAUAUGUUUGCUCUUGGUAAUUGCUUCCGUUGGAAGUGGCUUCAAAGCAGCCUGUUGGACUUCUGUCUAAUUGCGAUGAAAACGUGGUUGCACGCGCAACUUAUUUUCCAUGCGCCCUCCUGCAUACUUUGCCACAAGGUGACCCAGCCCCCUCUCAAAAGCCAGGUAACCUCCCCCAUCUUUUGAUGCUGAAAUCCAUGAACUGCUUUGAUACCCAACAUAUCCACAUUCCUUAAUGGGCUUCCCAGAUGGGUUGGACUACAACUCCCAUCACCGAGCCUGCACGGCCAGUCGGACGGCACCUGAGCAGGGAAGGCUCUCCUAAACAAAACAGUCCAACCCAUUUCUAAUUUGGAUCCCCGCCCUGUGAUCAAAACAUCAAAACGGAGUCAUUCAUUUUUCUUUGCUAACUUCCCUCCAUACACUCAUUUGCUGCCUUCGUGUUCUUCUCAAUUCAUGCCACCACUUAAAAGCAGAAGUCUCACAAACGGCAGGCUUUCUCCUCCCCCACCCUCCCAGCUCCCAUAUUUGUGUGUCAAGGAAAGUCUUGGAAGGGGAAAUCCUUAUGGUAGAGGUUCGAAAUCGCCCCUCUUUCAGUUCUGAGGGAGAGUGUCCCCUGGGUUGUUGUUUUUCCUCUAGCUUGAUUUGUUUGUGGCAGAAUAUCUCGUCCGUGCACUGAACUACAUCUCAAAAGAAUGUGAUAUGAUCCUGCAGGGCAAAAUGGCAUUUUUCUCCCUGUGAUCCUAGACUUGCUAGCCCCCAAAUCCAGGUCUCCCUCCACUCCCAGCCUUGAUUUGUAAUGUUGAGAACAUAGGGAGCUGCCGGUGUAUUUCACUCUGCGUCGGCUACACGGCUUGGCAGCAGCUGUCCAGGGUUUUGGAAAGACGUCUUCCCUAACUCUACCUGAAGAUGCCCGGAAUUGAACCUGGAACCUUUUGCAUGCAAACGAUGUGUUCUGCCCAUUACCCACACGGAGCCAAUUCGCACGGCACCACAAGCCACUGUGGAUUACGCAAGCUUGUGUUUAACCCUCGCCGCCUGGGUUUGCACACCAUGACAAGCCACUGCUAUCACCGGCCUGAGCUCACGUAUUCAAAAUGGCGGCUGGCACACACCAGGAUGGUCAGGGGUCUGGAAAUAACGCCCUAUGAAGAGAGACUGAAAGAACUGGGCAUAUUUAGCCUGGAGAAGAGAAGACUGAGAGGAGACAUGAUAGCACUCUUCAAAUACUUAAAAGGUUGUCACACAGAGGAGGGUCAUGAUUUCUUCUCGAUCCUCCCAGAGUGCAGGACACGGAAUAAUGGGCUCAAGUGACAGGAAGUCAGAUUCCAGCUGGACGUCAGGAAAAACUUCCUGACUGUUAGAGCAGUACAACAAUGGAACCAAUUACCUAGGGAGGUUGUGGGCUCUCCCACACUAGAGGCCUUCAAGAGGCAGCUGGACAACCACCUGUCAGGGAUGCUUUAAGGUGGAUUCCUGCAUUGAGCAGGGGGUUGGACUCGAUGGCCUUGUAGGCCCCUUCCAACUCUGCUAGUCUAUGAUUCUAUGAUCUUGAGGGUUAAUUAACUCACAAUGACUUGUCUUGACAUGCAAACCAGGUCCCUGUGUGUAAUUAUAUACCAUAUUUCUUCAAUUCUAAGACGCACUUUUUUCCCAUAUAAACAUCUCUAAAAACGGGGUGCAUCUUAGAAUCGCGGGUGCAAUUAUUAUUCUUAGAAUCAAAGCUUUUUUCUGUUGGUGGUACUGAAAUUAGUGUGCAUCUUACAAUCGAUGGCGUCUUACAAUCGAAGAAAUACGGUAUAUAAUCUCUCCCUCUCCCUCCCUCCCUCUCUCUCUCUCUCUCUCUCACACACACACACACACACACACGCACACACAGAGUGGAGGUGCAGAGCACUUGGUCUUCCUCUGAGAGCCCGCUGCGUUUCCAUGCCGGAUGCCCAGGGCAGGACUUUGCCUCCUGAGCAUCUAGCCAUGUUUCUAUGGGACAGAGCCGCCCACUGAGCUUCUGUCCUGGAUGUGCAGAGGGCGAAGCCUCUUCCCACAUGCUCAGCAUCGAAACCAUGUGAAAGGCAAGGAGCAUUUCCUUUUUUACCCAUAAGAGUGACUGGCAAAAGGAGGGAUUGUGGCGCUCCAUCCAUCCUCCCCCAGAUGUACUUACUAGUAGAAAGCCGUUGAGUGGAAAUCCUUUUGCAAGACCAGUAGCUUUUGGGGGUUACCUAACAAAGCUACAUAGAAUAAACACCAUGAUUCUAAAAGUGGUUUCCCCCUCCCCCCAGAAUGCAAAUUCUGCCCCAGGCUGCAGUCACUCGAGGAAUCCGGAGCAUCUCAGGGUUGUCUGCAUGAGACAGAAGUGCAGGAAGGGCUCCACAGCCGCUCAGAUCUUCCGCCCUCGCAAGCGGUUUGAAGAGUCUUCGUGUUUCUCUCUCCGGUUUAGUUUGGGGUCUUGUUUGACAGGGAGAACCCCACCACACCCUGCAAACGCCCUUUCUCUCUGCGUAGGGGAUGGAAGGGGUUCAGAGGCGACUUUGCCCGCUUGUCCAAAGCUCGUCGGUCUUCCUUAUAAACGUCUUAACGUGUUUAAAUGUUUAAGAAGGGAAGGCUGCUCUCUGCUCAUGGCAAAAUCAGGGGCAAUUUACUAGUCAAGCAAAACUAUCUCCAGCUUGUUUCUCUUCGCUUUGCAGAAGCUGGGCUUGUCCGGUUGCAGAAGCAGCCACUGUAGGUAGAAACCUCUGUAUUUUUCUGGAGCUGAUGAAGCCGCUUGCCAUCUGAGAAGGGGACGCACACACACACACACACACACAUACACUGGGAGGAACCCCUGGGCAUUCCUCGGUUGUGCGUUGCAGCAGUGUAGGAGGAGAAACAGGUGACAUUCAGAGCUCUGUCGAGAGAAAUCCCGUGACUCUUCAAACCACCUACGAUGGUACAGGAGCGUCUGAGUGGCUGUUCCCUCCUUCCUACGUUUUUGUCUCAUGCAGGCAAUUCUGAGAUCACGCAGUUGCCGUGAGAUGACUGCCACAGCCUCGUGAAACAAGCCAAGGCACUCUCGUGAGCCUGCCUGCUGCAUCUCUGCAUGAGCCACUGCUCUGGCUCAGUCUCCUAGCCAGCCUUUGCUGGAGGCAGGCACUUCUUCACCAUCUCCCCAUUUGGGGCACGACUGGGAGUAUCCGAUGGCUCUCCAAAUGGGGGAUGUCGCAGAACUGCCCUCUGUCCAAGGAAGUGGCCUCGAGUUGGUGCGAUUGCACAAGUCCGAGCUGGUCUUUUUCGCAAGGUGCGUCCAAAAUGUGAUCCCGACCGCAGGGAGGGGCGUGUCCUCUUUUGCGGGCAAGGCGUUUUCAGCAAAAGCAAACCCUUUUGUGCUGGGGUGAGGUGUCGGAGUGAAACGUUCAGAUCUUCAAAAACUGCGCCCGGUCUCGGCUGCCAACCCUUUCUACAGGAGUCACCGUCUACCGCUAGGCAACGCAAACGUUUCGUGGGGUGUGCCGUCUCUUCUCCAAGUCAAAGGCGCCCGUGUAUGUUCCUGAUUCAUUGUUACAGACUGUACUUUUUAGACUUACAAGACUGUACUUCUUACACCGUGUGCCUCUCUGCGGCCUUUGUAUUCUAAUUGUGCAGUGCCGCAUAUUGUGUCUGUUUGGAAAAUGGUUUCUCAUGAAAGCCAGUCUGCCUUCACCCAGAAGGAAGAGAAGUGGAAUGAAUGAAUAAAUGCCAGAACUGUGGGCCCAAAAUACAUGAGGUUAAUCACGUGGCUUUAAUUUAAGAUCUUACAAAGUGUUUGAUUUUUCUCUCCAAGCUAUUCACUGCAUCCUGUGGGAGUGAGUUCCAUAGUUCAACUCUGCACUGUGUGAAGAAGUCCUUCCUUUUAUCUGACCUGGAUCUCCCACCAACCAACUUCAUGAGAUGACCCCGUUGGGUUCUAGUAUUUUGAAAGAGGGAGAAAAAUGUCUCCCUGUCCACAUUCUUCAUACCAUGCAUAAUUCUGUAUACCUCUAGAUGUGUCUCUGUUUGGGUUGGUUAUCCCCCGGAGCGCAGUAGGUAACUGACAACUCAGUUUCCUGAGCCAUCAGUUUACAUCUGACCUCAGACUUCUAGUAAAGAAGGUGAUCCCAUAUACCUGAAGUCUGCCCUCUCCUAAUUUAUAGUGUAUUAGAACAAGAAGAGCCCAGCUGGGUCAGACCAAGGGUCCAUCCGGUCCAGCAUUCUGUUCACACAGGGGCCAAUCAGCUGUCAACCAGGAACCCACAAGCAGGGGGUUGGGCGUCUCUACGCAGAGGAAGCCCCGCGGUCGCUAUGGAUCUGCACUGCAUUGGUUAGACGACGCAGGUGCAGCUUCACAGUCACGGCGGGGGCUUCCCCGCGAUACUGCGAGAAGGAAAAAGUCGGGGGUUUACCCCGACUUUUUCAAAGGGAGCGAUGCCAACACGGCACUUCCGCCCUGUGACGUCGCUCCGGGAUCAACCAGGGGCCGGAGCCUGGUGGAAGGCGACCAGCCAUUGGUCGCCUUCCACCAGGAAGAAUGGGAGCAGCUCUGGGACCCCGCACUCCCUCCUCAGUGUCGGGAGAGAGAAAGUGCAGCACCGAAGAGGGCGAUGUGAAGACAGCCCCCCGGACACAAGUGGCAUAGCAUUCCCCUGACCAUGUUCUCCAGCAACUGGUGUCCACUGGCUUACUGCCUCUGCUACUGGAGAUAGCACAUCGCUUCAAUUUGUGCGUGUGACUUGUGUCAGUAUAGGGGCAGCGUUCCAGUGAGUGUGCAAACGCCGUUUCUUACGAAGAGGCUAUCUCCGUUGCGGCAGCAUGCACCAUGAGUCAGACUUGGACAUCCAUGUAAUUAUCGGCAGAUUCAUAUAAGUGGUUAAAGCAAGACUUGGCUUCUUGGUAUUUGAAUACUGAACAGUAUUAAAGAGAGGCCUCCCUCUUGAAUUGCUCUGUCUAGACUUCUUAUGCACGCCUUUAGCUAAACGUUUUUAAUUCUGCUCCAAGGAGAACCAAGCUGCCGUUGGCAGGUUUUCAAAAAAAUAAAAAUAAAAUCAAGCGCAUGUGCCAGUGAUGGCGGAUCAGGUUUGUGCAGUGAAGUAAAAGGUGGGUUGGUAAAAGUCAAUAGCUGAGUGGGUGCUUAGGAUCGACGGGUGCCCCCACCCCCCAAAAAAGGAGAUUGGGGAUUAGUGAAGUGCCGAAAUGCCCAAACAUUAGCUGAGUUGGCAAACCUGUUCCCGGACAGGGAGUUUUUCUAUGUGGAAAGAAUAAUCUCUCCCAUUUCUCCAUGGAGAAGCGUUCAGCUAUUCAAAUUCCUCACUCAGAGGCUGAAGUAAUAACAAUCCAGGAGCAGAGCUACCAGGGCGGAUAAAAAUCAACGAUUUUUUUAAAAAAAUAAAAAUAAAAAAAUAGGUUUUUUUUUCAUUUAAAUCGGAUUUUUUAUUAUUAUUUAAAUCGGAUUUUUUUGAUAAAAUGCUUUUUGAGGAAAAAUCUAUCUGAAGAUAGUUUUCUAUUUAAGGUACAUUUUAGUCCAAAGGUUAUUCAUCAUAAAAUAAGGAUUAGUUUUUAAUUAUGUAGCAUGAGGUUGUAUAUUUAUGCAGUGUUUAAAUUUUUGGGUAAAUGAAUUCCAUUAAUCCAUCCACAACGUCAUGCUCUUCCGGAGGUGUCUGUAAGGUUAUUGGGCAAUUUUUCUAUCUAGAAGAUAUUAUCACAGAUGCUUGGUUUUACAGUUCCCGAAACUGUGAAUUUGUGCCCGCAGAGUUCACAAUCCUAUUGUUCCUUUGCAAAUCUAUGUACACAGAAUCAACCCCUUACCUCUUAAGUGCUAAGUUUCCAAAAAAAUCAAUGAAUAGAGUGCACUUUUGAGGGAAGGGGAAGUCAUAUGAUUAAAUCGAGUCUUUCUGAGUAGUGAUUUAAAUCAUGAUUUAAAUCAAAUUCACCCUGGUAGCUACUAACUUCUCUGCUCUUUGUGUUGAAUCUAACCUUGGUUUCUGAACUUUUCCCGCUUGCCUUAACUUUUCUUUCCACAAAUGUAACGCUCUGGUCUUUGGGAUCUGUGUUUGCUGUUCACUUACCUUUUUCUUUCUUUUUUAGCAACACUGAGCGUCAUCACAUGGGGAGGAAACACCUUCCUUUACUGCCGCUUGUCUGCCCCCGCUUUUGUCCUUCAUUACUUCUUCUUUCUGCCCGGAGGGGAAAGAGGAAGUAAACAAAGAUUACGUGGCCCAUUCAGGGGCUGUUGUUAUCGCGAUGCUUUUCCUGCACACAGCAGGAGAACAUGGCACAUUUCGUGUGUGUGUGUUUUUUAAAAAAAGGUCGGAUUUGAAAGGGUCUAUUUCGCAACGGAAAAACGAAUGGUAGCCGGACGGCAGCGUCUCAAGGAUACUCGCACAUCCGUAAGUGAGCAGUAGUGAGCGUGCGAUAAAACGCUCGUCUGAUGAACCUCACUUCCUGAUGUGCAAAGUGUAUUGCAUUAGAGGUGUUGCUGUUUUCAGUUUUCCUCCUGUACCCCAAAACCAGCUCUUCGUCGGUGCCAUUCACCACUGCCAUGUCAGCUGCUCCGUGCGCGUAAGACCUGUAGACUGUUGGGAGCAUUCUUUAGACAUACCCCUUCACAAAGUCCUCUAAACUAUUAUUGCUUUUAUCUUGUCCUGCCAAAUGAAUGUUGAUUAUUGAGCAUAUUUAAUGCACUGAUUUUAAUGUGGCGUUUGCCAUGUGAAACGGAAAUGGACCCAGCCUGCCAUAAGGGAUAUGGGAUAUUUUUGUGUGUGUAAAGUGACCAAGCUUUUUGUUAACACUUUUAUUUGUUCUAAACUGUGGGUUUAUUGACGUUAAAAAAAAAUCCUUUACAGGUGAACAUACUGUGUGGCUGUAUCACGAAACAGCAGCUAACUGUAUAUAAAACCCAUUGUAAUAAACAAUGUUUAAGCAUUUUGUUAUACUAUAUUAAAAUAUUUCUAUCAGACUCUUGUCAACGAAUGAUGCUUAUAUAUACUAUUAUUUUGCAAUAAAGUGGCUUUUUGAGAUUUAAAUUUAUUUAAUCACUUUACCCUUAGAACAUUAAUCAUGACUUUAUAGCUAAUAUUGAUGAUGAUGAUGAUGAUGAUUAAAGGAAUCUUGUUUUUAAAUAAGAA